GAUUCUGGUCCAAGGUACGAAGUGGCGUAUCCAAGUGGAAUUUCCCAUUUUUUGGAAAAAUUAGCAUUCAAUUCGACUAAAAAUUUUCCGAAUCGUGAUGAUAUGAUAAUACAAUUGGAAAAACAUGGUGGAAUAUGUGAUAGUCAAGCGUCAAGAGACACUUUUCUUUAUGCUGCCUCUGCAUAUACUUCCGGAUUAGCUGAUAUUAUUCAGCUGCUUUCUGAAGCCACUUUGAGGCCUCGGAUUACUCCCGAUGAACUAGAAGGAGCUCGGCAAGCUGUACAUUUUGAAUUGGAAACACUGAAUAUGAGACCUGAACAGGAAACUAUUACACAUUCUUUAUUAAAAAAACGAGAAAUAUUAUUGGCUGCAUACAAAGACAAUACUCUCGGUCUUCCGAGACUUUGUCCCCCAGAAAACGUUUCCAAAAUCGACAGAGAAAUGUUGUUAACAUACUUGAGUAACCAUUAUACUCCCAAGAGAAUGGUUGUUGCUGGAGUUGGCGUGGAACAUGCAAGACUUCUUGAGGCUGUCGAAAAAUAUUUUGUUGAUGAUAAACCAAUAUGGGAAACUGAGAAUGAUGGCAAUAGAAAAUAUAUGAGUUGUGAUCACAGUAUUCCCCAAUACACUGGGGGAAUGGUUCGGGAAGAAUGCGAUAUUCCUCAGUUUGCCUCAGCGGGACUUCCAGUCUUAUCACAUAUUAUGAUAGGGUUAGAAAGUUGUUCCCAUCAAGACGUGGACUUUAUAGCAAUGUGUGUUUUGAAUAUGAUGAUGGGAGGAGGAGGUUCUUUCAGUGCUGGUGGGCCUGGCAAAGGAAUGUAUACUCGGUUAUACACAAAUGUAUUGAAUAGAUAUCAUUGGAUGUAUAGUGCAACUGCUUACAACCAUGCUUAUUCAGAUAGUGGCCUGUUUUGUAUUCAUGCAAGUUCACCGCCCACUCAUGUUCGUGAUAUGGUGGAAGUAAUUGUAAAAGAAUUAGUUGCCAUGGCAGGAAAUGUCACCGACCAGGAAUUACAGAGAGCCAAAACACAGUUGCAGUCUAUGUUACUAAUGAAUUUGGAAUCAAGACCAGUAAUGUUUGAAGACAUUGGACGCCAAGUUCUGGCUUCAGGUCAUAGAAAGCGACCUAAAUAUUUCAUCGAUGAAAUCGGUAUCAAAGAGCAAGAUGAAUUAUGA